UAUUUUUGUUACAGCCGAUCUCUUGAUCAAUUUAGGUCGUGGAAAACAUGGAUGAAGUUCUGCCAUAAUUUUCCCUGUGCACUUAUUUUAGCACAAUUUGGAUUUGGCUUGUUGCCAUUUGCUGUCGUUGAACUUUACAUUUUUAACAAGUGGUUUAGUUUCAGUGAGCAGGUGACCACACUUUCAGUAUUUGAGACACCAAUUAUUUAUAAAUGUUACAAUUAUGGUUGAAAACCAGCGUUUUGAGAAUAAAAAACUGCUUUACCAGAAAAGGUCUGGUCUCAGUAUAGCACAAAGAAGAGUCUUCAGUCAAGAUCUUGGUUUGUUGAAUAUAAUGUUUUCUAAUUAUGUGUGGGCCCUGCUCGGAUAACAUUGGCUAUUCCUGAGUUACAUAAACUGUAUCAUGUACCCCUCCCUAUUUGCUCCUUUAAGGGCAUUUUGCAUUGGGCACACGCCCCUCAAAGUUCAUCUAACUGCGACAGUGACUCCACCUGCUGGCGAAGAAUAAAAAUGCUACAGUUCACGCUCCGCAGAGGUGCGCGCUUCUCACUCUGGCUGCGCGGAAUUAAACGGCAUCUACCGAACCUUGAUGCUGUUCAUGGAACGAACGUUUCGGAUGUUGCGGCUGGCCUCACCUAUAGGUAUUGGCUUGAUUAUCACUCUGAGAAGGCGCGUGGGCUUCGUCCCCCUUUUGUCAGUUGUCUCCGUUUCUUUUUGGACAAACGUAAUACAGACGAAGUGGUCUGAAGUUAAUAUUUUAAAAUAAAUUGAUUAACACAAUCCCGAGGAUGGCGUCUAUUGGAGACUUCGAUCCUCUCCACUCCAGCGUACCUGCAACUAAGAUUGAAGUUACUGUCUCCUGCAGGAACCUGCUGGACAUGGACACCUUUUCCAAGUCGGAUCCUGUUGUGGUGCUCUAUGUCCAGGCAAUCGGGACAAAGGAAUGGAGGGAGUUUGGCAGGACAGAAGUGAUUGACAACACCCUGAACCCGGAUUUCGUCAGAAAGUUUGUUCUGGAUUUCUUCUUUGAAGAGAAGCAGAACCUGCGCUUUGAUGUGUACAACGUGGACUCCAGAAGCUGCAAUAUCUCAAAACACGACUUCCUGGGACAGACGUUCUGCACCCUCGGGGAGAUCAUCGGUUCCACUGGCAGCCGAUUGGAGAGGACCCUCUCUGGGAUUCCAGGAAAGAAAUGCGGGACCAUUAUAUUUACAGCUGAGGAGCUCAGCAACUGCCGGGACAUUGCUACCAUGCAGCUUUGUGCCAAUAAACUGGAUAAGAAGGACUUCUUUGGAAAGUCUGACCCCUUCCUGGUGUUCUACCGCAGCAAUGAGGAUGGGACGUUCACUAUCUGCCACAAGACAGAGGUGAUCAAAAACACCCUGAACCCGGUGUGGCAGCCCUUCACCAUCCCCGUGCGCGCUCUGUGCAACGGCGACUAUGACAGAACGGUGAAGGUGGACGUGUAUGAUUGGGACAGAGAUGGAAGCCACGACUUCAUCGGUGAGUUCACCACCAGCUACAGAGAGCUGUCUCGGGGUCAAAGCCAGUUCAAUGUGUAUGAGGUUUUAAACCCUAAAAAGAAAGGCAAAAAGAAAAAAUACGUCAAUUCCGGCACAGUGACACUGCUGUCCUUCAAAGUGGAGUCUGAGUAUACGUUUGUGGAUUUCAUCCGGGGAGGGACUCAACUCAACUUCACUGUCGCCAUAGACUUCACUGCAUCUAAUGGAAACCCAUCUCAGCCCACCUCUCUGCACUACAUGAACCCCUACCAGAUGAAUGCCUACGCCAUGGCCCUCAAGGCCGUGGGCGAAAUCAUCCAGGACUACGACAGCGACAAGCUCUUCCCCGCCUACGGGUUCGGAGCCAAACUGCCCCCCGACGGCAAGAUCUCACACGUGUUCCCUCUGAAUUCAGACAAUGAAAAUCCCAACUGCGUGGGGAUUGAAGGGGUUUUGGAAGCGUACUUCCAGAGCCUGAGGAUCGUGCAGCUGUACGGGCCGACCAACUUUGCUCCCGUCAUCAGCCAGGUGGCCCGGUUGGCAGCGGACGUAACGGAUGGAUCACAGUACUUCGUCCUGCUCAUGAUCACAGACGGGGUGAUCUCCGACAUGGUGCAGACCAAGGAGGCUGUGGUCAAUGCCUCUGGCCUUCCCAUGUCAAUCAUCAUUGUAGGGGUGGGACCCGCUGAGUUUGACGCCAUGGAGGAGCUGGAUGGCGACGAGGUCAGAGUGUCCUCCAGGGGGCGCUUUGCUGAGAGAGACAUUGUGCAGUUUGUGCCGUUCCGGGACUACAUCGACCGGUCGGGGAACCAGGUUCUGAGCAUGGCCCGGUUGGCCAAGGACGUGCUGGCUGAGAUCCCGGAGCAGCUGCUGUCCUUCAUGAAGUCUCGAGGGAUCGAGCCCCGCCCGGCCCUGCCGGCCUCCUCCACCGCCCCAGUACACAUGCACAUCUGAGGGAGAGGGGGGAGGGUCGCAGAGGGAGGUGAGGAGAAGAGACUGCUACAGCACUGCCAGAUUUACACUCACUGCCCCAACCACACACACACACACACACAAUCUCCCCUUCGAGACAGGAAAGCUAGCACCACACCUUGCAUCAUUACUGCCACCAAAAAAACAAAAAACAAACCAAACCACAAGGCUGGAAUCCAACGAGGGCUCCACUUUAUUCACCAAAACACUUUCACCUCCUGUGAAAUCAAAAAUCACUAACAAAAAAGAUGCUGUCCAGUGCUGAAAAAAGUAGGUUAUGGACCGGUACUUUCUGUACCAUUAUACAAGUACUGCUGAACUACUGAACUGUUUCUCCAAUUCACAUCUCUGCAUGCAAAGAGAACUUCAGAGCAGCAUCCUUCUCUUUCUGACUAUGAUGAGAACAGACUCUCGCUGGACUGAUCCCAGCACUUCUCGACGGUCAGCCGCAACACCAUGCAUUCCGCGAUGGCCAUUCUUCUCACCUCCCUUUGUGACAGUGACACAAAGGACACAGCUGUCUCCCAGGAAGUCACGUGGAACCGAUGUGUAGCACUUUGAAAACAAUGUAUCCUGUCUUCAUUCAUUGCUGUUGAUUGUCGUUAAAAGAAAAGUGCUGAAAGGAGGAAAUGUGGUCAAACAGGAGUGUGGUGAGUAUCGGGUCACCUGUGACCUGCUCACUAGCACAAGUACAGCCCAGCACAUCGCAGGCAUUGGCAGACAUCGUUAUCGCCCGCAGUUUGGUCUCCAGGGGGUGAGUGCGGAGGGAGGGGGAUGGAACCUGUCAGCCUGUUUGUAAGACCCACUACAGAACUGUCACCGUCAGGCUGCCAGAGUGGACCACGCUUUGAGGAAACGCCUUUCCAGCGGACUCAUCGCCACAUCUGUCAGCUUCCACGAGCGGCUUUCCGUUCUCCUUUUAGAGUCCGCACAGCUGCCAGCUGUCACAGCUCAAUGAGAUCCGCCCACGCUGUUUUUAAAAAGGAUUUCACAUUAUUUGUGUUUUCAGUUUAUCUGAAGUUGGUGACAUUGGCUAUGUAUCCCUCCCCCCCCCCCCGUUAAAACGUAAGCAGUGGUGAAUGAAUUUCAAAACACAUGACAUGUCAUGACAUUUGCAUUGUAUUACAUUGCUUUUUUACAUUUAGAAUGUAUUUUAUCAUGAGCAAAAACACAUCUGGAACACAACAUAUUUUGCCGCUUGCAUAUUACAAAUACUAAUAUAUAAUUAUAUUUAGGCUGUUUAUAUUUUAAUAUUUAUAGCCGUAGUAAUUUAAGGUUACCAUCACUGGAUAUUAUUAUUAGUACUUUUGAAAAUAUACCUAUUUUGCGCUGCUGACAUAGCUAGGCUAAAAGUCUUGGUUAAUUCUAUGAGUCUAAUUAACACUGAAACGCAUGCCUUCUACAGUUUCUAUGUCUGGAGACAUACUUGUUCACUGUUCGUCCAUCAUUUUGGAAAAACUUUCAUUCAAAAUUCAUUCGUAGCCUAAUUUUUCAAAAAAGAAAUCUUUAUGUAAUGGCGGUUGGAGAAUACAUUUUACUUUUAACUGGCUUGAAUGCACAAAAGAAUUCUGAACUCCUUUGCCCCAUUUCCUUCUCUAGCCGUCCUGCAUGAAUAAUUCAUGCAAUGGUUGAUACUGGGGCAUCUGUCCCAUCUUCUGUACUCUCCAUGGCCAGCACAUUUAGAAUCACAAAGGGCCAGGUCGACCAAGCCGCUGAAGUGCUUACACACAGCAAAGGCCAGCGCAAAGCUGUCAAGGCCACUCUAAAGUUCCUCUGUUCUGAUGAAAAAUGGAAAAUAAUGCUGCAGAGCGGCCUCAUUCCCAAAACAGACAUGUCUUGGAUUAAGUCACACAAGCAACUUUAAUUGCCCGUGAACACGCAUGCGUAGUUUUUCAGGAAGUGGUCUUGCUUUGCUGAGAUAGGGCAGAAUGCUUAUAGAUUUGUUGGCUGAAUAUUCAGAAGCCAGCGGAACUGGAGGCGAGAGUUACGGGAGCGGCAGUUGCUCUGCUCUUGCGUUGCGUUCUUCUCCCCGUUGUACUGCUUCGUCUUUCCUGGGCGGGUUGGGCACAGACCGGAGCCUGCUUCAGCCCAAGUGAUUACUGUAUCUCCAGAAUAAUUCCUCCUCAGUGUCUCCGGUGAUUUCUGCCAGAAAGUGGCUUCAGUCACCCGUGUCAAUCACUGGCACAGUGCCUGGGCUGAGGUGCCAGCGGUGGCUCCCCCACCGUCGCCUCCGUCCCCCCCGGGCUUUCAAACAAAUCCCCUUUCAAGCUCCUGGCAGCACUUCCGCUGAUUUUAACCCCAUAGACUGUCCUCCUGGUCAUUAUGCCAGGAGAAGGGAAGGUGAGGAGAGUCGUGGCAGGGCGGUAGCCUGCCCGAAAGUAAGAACGUCAUUUUGGCUGUGCUGAAUCUGGACAGCAGCACGCGCCUCCAAACCCCCAGACUGAAGUACUGCUGAACUGCUGCAGGCCAGUUGCGAUAGUGAGGAAGAGGAAGAUGGUGUGGCGCACAUGGGGAACCGUGUCACAUGGCAGCUAUUUAAACGAGGGGGGGUCAGGUGAAAUGGACAGAAUGCAGAUAUGUGGCCUUAUUAUUUGUUGUUUCUCAUUUCAUUUCUCAGUGUGUGUAUGUAUGUGAGAGAGGGAGGGAGAGAGAGUGAAAGAGAGCAGUUUGUUUCUAAUUUGUACUCCAGUGUUGCCUAGUCUAUGAACUAAGUAGUGUAUGGUAAUUAACAUAUUUUGCAUGUUUACAUGAUUAAUGAUUCAACUGAUGAAUAUUGCUAUUUUCAUUAUGAUUCUGAAAUUCCAUUCAACACUGACAGAAAAGUGUCAAAAUUAGUGUGACAUUUAGCAUCACGUAUGUAAUGAAUAGAAGUUUAAAUUGCGUCCACAUGUGCAAGGUUUUAAUGACAGUAGAUUGGUCUAUGUAUGGCUUGUCCUUGUACUGUGCUGUGUAUAGGAAUUACCAAGGUAGUAUUAAAAAUUGAUUUACAAUGUAGUUUAUUACUGAUACUAUUAAAAAAAACAUGAAUAUUACAAAUUUAAUUAUACAUAUGACACAGGUGUAAAUAGACAUUAUUAACAUUCCAGGUGUACAUAUUUGGUGUCACUUGAAUACUCAGAAGUUAUGAACAUAUAUGAUUCACUUCUAACUGUAAAGUAUAAAAAUCAAGUAUUAUUGACUCAUUUAUCAGCUGAAGACAGCAGUGGAAAAAUAUGAUAACCCAAAUAUUCUCUUUUAGAAGUUGUGUUAAUUUUUAUUUUUAUUGGACACUUGACAUUUAUCUUAUAAAAAAUAUUUCUUAUCUGCCUUACAUAAGACACAACAGACCUAUAGAAAUGCAAGACCUGGCAUUUAAAUACUCACUAACAAGCACAAGAAAUUCUUUAAAAAAUAUAUUUUUAUGGGUUAUCACAUUUUCCCGUUACCUGUCAUAUAUUGCUGUGAAAACGGUUUACUUUUUUAUGUCAUUUGUAUGAUACUUUUGCAAAAGCAUGAAUGUUUAAAUUGGUGUUCAGAGAUUGUAUUGUUUCAGUUGUCUCUCUGAAGCAGUCCUGUGCAAACAUGUAUCCUGCACGUUCUCAUUCUCUCUGGUAUUUUUUUUGUUUGUUUGUUUAAUUUUGUUUAUUUCAGGGUAACACAUACUGAAUAGAAUAAUAGCUUACUUAUUGUUAGGUUGUGUGAACAAAGAUUUACACAUUUUUAUGCCACACUUGCUGUUGAGCGUAAUGCUUUUUGUAUGCAAUGAGAAUGCUAACAGAUUUUUAAAUGUGUAGGAGUCAGAUACUGUAUAUUCCAUAACGAUAGGAGUAGUUCUACUGCAUGACUAAGCAGAGCAUAAUCAUACUGACAUACCGAAUUGGAUAAACUGGAUUAACUUUAUGGGAGGGUCGUACAGUGCAAAGGACAGCCGCAGUAAUCACAUUUCAUCACAUUUUUCUGAUACAUUCCAAGGCUGUAUGGAUUAUCAGCAGUGAAUUUUGAUGAAAGACGAUUUUUAUCAAGUAAAAUAGUCAUUUGUGCUGCUGACAUUUUCUCAAAUUAUUCAAGACGUAUUUUAGUGUUGAGCAUGGAAGGCCCUGUAAUCAGACUGUGUUGUGCCUUGUCCAUAGCAUAUGAUGAGAUACAAAUUCAAGAAACUGUUACAUUUUCUUUUUUCUUGAAGAACAUCGAAUCUGACAAUGUCAGCAUCCGCUGAGCCCAUGAAGUCCAUUAAUAAGCAGUAUCUCUUACUUAAAUUCUGAACUCAAUGUUAAGGACAAACUGUUGUAGGAAGAUAAUCACAAUGCAGAAUGUCCACGGUAGAUAUCCGGACUCUCAGCAGUGGAAGGGACCAGCAGCGGGAUUGAGAUCAGUGCAUUUAGCCCUUUGACUCAGCAGUAGUGGGGAACAGGAAACCGAGACCGACGGCAGGUGAUGUGGAAACAUCGCUGCUGCUCCGUCCCGCUGCUAUCGCGACAGGAUCAAACGCCCUAAACCUAUUUUUGAUUUGCAGCUUGGAGUGCUCCCAUUCUGCCUCGUUGAGCGGUUAGUCCUUUUGCCUUUCGAUUUGUGGUCAGUGAGCCCCUUAUUUUCGGGGUUCCUCCAUUUCUCAAGCCCCCUACAAUGACCACCUUAUGGCUGUGGGGACCCCCCCCCCCCCCCCACCUCAGGCAACUGCAGACCGCUUUACACAACACCCGCUCGCUAUAGGCUGCAAUGCCGUGGCUACAUAGCGCACUGCCAUAUAGAAGCAUGCAUAAACAGUGAUGUCAUUACAUCAUGAUAUAAUGUGGUGACCUGAGAAUUACAGGGUUCUGAGUGACAUUUUUGUCAACAACGUGUUGCAUACAAAUAAAUGCUGUAUUUAUAAUUCAUCACGUUUGUGGAGAUAAGAAAUGUAAAAAGUUACAAUUUGGUUGUAGUUCCAGUUUUUAGGAAGUUCUAAGCGAUAAAAAAACAAUGAACUGGCAAGAACUUUAAAGUUCAAUAUCUCAAAAUAGUAGAAAUGGCCGAUAGAAACUGUAAUUCUCAUGUCCCGGUGUGUAUAUAAGGCUACUUCUAAGCUAUUUGGAACGACAUAAAAAUUGAGUAAUUACGCUGAUCACAAUGCUCCCACGCAUGUAUAAAUGGGACAGGGUUUAUCUGACAAACCACAGAUAUGCAACUGAUUUAAUGAAGGAAAUACAAACUAUUGUUAAAAGGGGGGGAAAAAUCCUAUUUUGCUGAGUUACCUCCCUGGGAUGACUCCUCAGACCUCAGUUCAGGGACCCCUUGUAUUAUUAAACCCAUUUUUGUUGAACACCAGACACAUCCUUUUGCUCUCAAUGGAGACAUGUAAUUUAGAUUAAACCGAGAUCUUGAGUUCUCUACCCCUUGGUUACAAUCAUGCAUCCUUCUUCUCUGGUCCUAGCCACAUAUACACUUUUUUCCAAACCUGGAAUGGCUUUCAACUCCACUUGCCCUCUAGAUAUACAAGCUACAGCAAAUCUGAAGCAAAAUUAAAUAAUGAAAUUCAAGUAGCAUUUGAAUUAAAAUUGAAUUCAUUCACAGUAGUAACCUUGUCCCUCUCCAUUUUUGAGUUAUUCAUCUUGUAACAAAAUUUACUGUGGCGAACAAAUGAGUAUUUCUGUAAAUACAUUCCAGUUGCUCACAGUUACUGAUUGUCACCUUUGAUGUAUGAAUGUGAACAUAUCUUGCAAUAUUAAAGCACUUUAAACUCCA